AUGGCAAGGAGGCCACAAGUGGGGAGCAAGGAGAAACCCUACUUUGGGGGUUUUUGUUGUGAAGCUCAGUCAAUCACUUUUCAUUUACCUUAUGCUCCAUGUUAUUCGACAUGGCUCAGGAAACAAGUUAGAUUUCUUGGGAAGUACUUUACAAUCAGCUUCCUUUGGAGCUUCUUCAAAUGGUUCUACAGUGGUGAUGGGGACUGUGGGUUUGGCAAUUUCCCCAUCUUAGGCUUGAAAGCACAAACGAAUGGGUUUUAUUCUGAUAUGAGCCUCACAUAUGUUGGAGCUGGAAUGAUUUGUCCCCACCUAAUUAACAUCUCACUCUUGCUUGGUGGUACUAUUUCUUGGGGUCUAUUGUGGCCCCUUAUCAAAACAAGAGAGGGGGAUUGGUACCCAGCUGGCCUUAAGGCAAGAGAUGUAAAGGGCCUCUUUGGCUACAAGGUUUUCAUUGCCAUAGCACUAAUUCUUGGAGAUGGGCUUUACAACUUCCUCAAGAUAUUGGCAGUCAGCAUCUUUUCCUUCUACAAACAACAAAAAAAGAAUCAAAUGCCAACCCUUCCCCUCUCACAUGACAAGCCAGAUGAGUCCCUACCACCCCUCAAGGCCCGACGCAAUGAGAUCUUCAUGAAGGACCAUGUACCUCUGUGGUUUGCUGCCUCGGGCUACACUGCGCUUGCUGCCAUCUCAAUAGGUGUAAUCCCAAAGAUCUUCCCCUCUGCCAAAUGGUACUACAUCCUCAUCUCCUACCUCAUUGCCCCUGUUCUGGGGUUUUGCAAUGCCUAUGGUUGUGGCCUUACAGACUGGAGCCUGGCCUCCACCUACGGAAAACUCGGCAUCUUUGUUUUCUCAGCUUGGGCUGGUCAAGAUGGUGGGGUCUUAGCUGGCCUCGCCCUUUGUGGGGUCAUGAUGAUCAUAGUGCAAACAGCCGCAGACCUGAUGCAAGAUUUCAAGACUGGGUACAUCACUUUAUCUUCACCAAGGUCCAUGUUUGCUAGCCAGAUCUUGGGCACCCUCAUGGGCUGCAUCUUGGCUCCACUGACCUUUUGGCUCUUUUGGGUAGCUUUUGAUGUAGGGAUUUCGCAGGAAUACCCAGCUCCUUAUGGUGUGAUUUAUAGAGAGAUGGCCCUUUUGGGGGUUGGUGGGGUCUCAUCUCUCCCUAAGCACUGCCUCUCUCUGUGUGGUGGUUUCUUUGCUUUCUCUCUAUUAACAAACUCCAUUAAGGACAUGGUUCCAAAAAAGGUGUCCAUGUACAUUCCCAUACCCAUGGCCAUGUCCAUACCAUUUUAUAUAGGCCCGUAUUUCGCCAUCGACAUGGCAUUGGGUUCGUUGAUAAAUGCAGUAUGGGGUCGACUAAACAAGAGAGAAGCCGAUCUCUUAGGGCCAGCCGUGGCUUCAGGAUUGAUAUGUGGAGAUGGGAUAUGGACACUUCCAGCCGCUGCGCUCACAUUGGCCAAGGUGAAACCACCAAUAUGUAUGGCCUUUUUAUCGAGAGGUCAUGCUGCAAAGCUCUCAGGUUAGCAAUCGGUAUGGACCCCUAUGUUUGGUGAUAUGCACUUGUAGUCAAAAGUCUGGUUGGUUGAAGUAAGCGUAUUGAUAGUUCGAGAAUAUCGUUGGUUCUAAUGGCAAUUUGAAGUGCGUGUAUUGUGUUUGUUAUACCUCAGAAGUGGAUGUAAGAUAAAGCAUAGUUCGAGAAUAUGGUGACUUCUAAUGGCAAUUGGAAGUGGGUGUAUUGUGUUUCCUAUACCCAAGAGGUGGAUGUAAGAUAAAGGAGUCGGGGUUUUACCAGUACUUUCUUUGUUUUCUCUCUCACAAGUAAAUGCAAUAAAUGUCAAAGAAGCAUAGUUUUCAAGUUUUUCGUCA